AAAUAAACAUCCAUCUGCCGCAGUGCGCGUUGUCGCAUUGCAGGUGUAACCGAACCAAUGAGCGUUACCGUUACAAACGUUUCCGUGGUAAUUUAGGGCGAGAUACGAGCCAUUUCCGCGAUGUUGAUGGAAGCUGAACUGAAAAUAGUCCAUUCUUAAUUCAACGAUUCCUAGUUUACACGUACAUUUUCUGCUGUGGAAUUAUACGAUAUUUGUGAAUACAGAUAGUUUGUAUAAGAACCAAGGAAGCCAUUUGGAUUUAUCUACAAAUACAACACAGCGGACUAAUAUAACCGACAGGACUACCGGUGUAAACUAAACACGGGGAAUAUAGAGCAUCUGAACACGGCAGACAGCUUAGUUUAAAAUCCACAAUGGCAGAUCAACUAACAGAAGAACAAAUAGCAGAAUUCAAGGAAGCUUUCAGUCUGUUUGACAAGGAUGGAGAUGGUACCAUCACAACAAAAGAGUUGGGAACAGUGAUGAGGUCACUAGGACAGAACCCAACAGAAGCUGAGUUACAGGACAUGAUCAACGAGGUUGAUGCUGAUGGAAACGGCACAAUUGACUUCCCAGAAUUCCUCACAAUGAUGGCACGGAAAAUGAAGGAUACUGACAGUGAAGAAGAAAUCCGUGAAGCAUUCCGUGUAUUUGAUAAAGACGGUAAUGGCUUUAUCAGUGCAGCCGAGUUACGACACGUAAUGACAAAUUUAGGAGAAAAACUAACAGAUGAGGAAGUUGAUGAAAUGAUCCGAGAGGCUGACAUUGAUGGUGAUGGACAAGUCAAUUAUGAAGAGUUUGUGACGAUGAUGACCUCAAAGUAAUUACGGACUAUGGACAUAUUAGAUUUUUUCAUUAAAUUUGUUGUCAUUAAAAAUCACGUGGAAUGUACGUUGUUGGUACACUUUUGUGACCAAACUGGGGGAUAAAUGCAGUCAAUAUGUUGCUGAUGGAAGCCAGACUGGAUGGCCGAAGGUUGUAGGAUCCCUUUGACAGCGACACUGUAUUUCUAGGCCAAGGGAUGAUGAACAAGACUCCUGUGGGAUACAUGUCCCAGUUUUUGUUGUAGAGCUGCUAUUUUGCUCUACAGAUGCUAUGGAUUUUCAGGCAGGGAGAUUUCUAGUUGUUAGUAAAGUGUAACUAGCUUAGACACUAAAGUAUUUGUAAAAAAAAAAAGAUGGAAAAAGUUGUAUGUUACAGGUGUCUAUUGACUGUUGUUGUUGACAGACGUUUCACUCAUCGACAUUUUUCUCAUUACCUGUUAACAUUUGUUGUUACAUCCUGUGCAUUUCUCUUCAUUAUCCAUUCUUCAGGAAAACAUUAAGGGUGUACAAAUCGGUAAAUUCACCUUUCAUCGUGAGAUUAUAUGGAUAAAAGAUAAUCAUGAUUGUCUCAAAAUAAAUAUUAUUGUAAUUUUUCA